AAAAUGAAAAAAAAUCAGGAGCUUGAUCGCAGUCUUUUGAAAACAUUUUUAUGGUGAAAAUCGUACUUCGACGUAAAGUUAUUGUUCGCAGCCUUUUCUCUGUGAAAUUCGAAUUUGAUUUUAUUACACGUGUAAGAUGGCAGUGAAAGUUAUCGGUGUAUGUUUGAUGUUAUCGUGCAUUUUUCUAUGCGCAUUGGGUAACUUAAAAAUAACUAAAGAGGAUUUCGCUAACUUUGAAGGGACUGAUCCCACAAAAUUUUGCGGAAAUAAAAAAAAUAUGGAAAAAUUUUGUAGGAAGAUAAUCAAGGAAGAUAUCGGGGAAUCUAAAGAUGGACCCUUCAUGAAGGGUUAUCCGAAAUGCCAGUCCUCAUCGCAGGUUAAAGUAGUAAAAAAAUGCGGUAAAGGAACAGAUACGGUCUCAGCCAAGAUACUCAUUUGUCAUUGGGAUAAAGAAGACGAGUGUUACACUUACAGUAAAGGGCAGAAGCCAAAUACGGUGACGGUUUUAGCUGUCAACGACGGUAUUUGUACCAUUUGGAAGCAGUUACCAUACACUGGCAAUUAACCGAGAAUAGAAAAGUGAAAGCUCCAAGGAGAAAAUUUUACUCGAAAAUUUCUCGACUGUGAAUGUUUCUUCUUAUGUUAUGUUACAUACCUAAUUGAUAUUAAAGCUGCAUAAUUACCUA